AUGAAUACCUCUGUUGUUUCAUUCGCUGACCUCAAAGCUGGCUGUCUUCACCAACAGAUUGUGGGAAGGAUGCUCCGUCACUGGCCUGCUCGCAAUGUCAAAAAAGGAGGCCAACUUAUGGGUGUUGAUUUCCUUCUCAUUGAUGAGAAGAGUACUGUCAUGCAAGGGUCGAUCAAUGUCACCUACCUUUCAAAAUUCGAGAAUUCUUUGCGUGAUGGUGCAAUAUAUCAAAUUUCCGGCUUUGAAGUCACUAGAAGCAAUUAUCGUUUUAAGCUCACUGAUUUUCAUUUCUCAAUACGGUUCACACCUACCACUGUCUUUGAUGAGGUUGACGAGUCUGUCUCUCGAAUUCCGAAUGAACAUUUCCGUUUUCGGAGUUAUGAGCAAUUGGUCUCUCUUGCAAACACCAACACGGAGCUCCCAGAUAUCAUCGGCCAAGUAUGUUCCAGCAAAGCUUAUCGAAAUGGGAUGACACAAGUUUUGGAGAGGAUGUUAGUCCACAUCAGUCUUGAAAGUGGUGAGAAAGUUCGAUUAAGUGCAUUUGAUGAACAUGCAACCUCAUUGGAGAAGCUAACUCAACGUUUCUCUUCAGCUGAACUUUACCUCAAUGCUACGUCUGGUACUAAAUUUUAUACUGAUGGAGACGUUGCAACCACACGAAAAUACGCUGAAAGCCUAAAGCUGAAAGAAACAGAAGGCACCAACUCUAUUGCACCAUCUCAUGGAGUAGAGAAGAUUGAACAUGUAUCCAUUGAUGAACUUAAUCAGUUUGUUGCAACUGCAGAUCCACAGGAGGCUGAAUUCCUUUGCAACGCAACAGUGACUGACAUACAAGCUCAACGUGGCUGGAGUUUCAUUUCAUGUGCCGCAUGUGGGACAAAAAUGGUGAAGAAGUUGUCCUCACUAACUUGCAACAACUUCAAAUGCGGCUCAACGACAGCAAUAGGAGAUGUCAAAUACCGUGUGGAACUGGUUGUUCACGAUGGGAUAAGCACCGCCGUCUUUGUAGCUUUUGAUAAGGACAUGGUGAAGUUAACCAACAUACAGGCAACAACCCUAGCUUCCCAGCUGGCUGACAAUGAGCACAACUUAGAAACUGUUGCUUCUAUACCCAAAGUCGUUUCUGAAAUUGUUGGAAAGAAAUUCACAUUUCAGAUUAAGCUCACUUCUUUCAACUUCACUCCUCAUCACCAAUCAUUUACUGUAUCACGUAUCUAUGAGACUACCGAAGUCCUUCCUGGCCCAACCUUCAAAGAGGCACAAGGUGGAGAUAUUGUGGAUUUAGGAGUUAAAUCACCAGCUACCAAUCCAACACAUCUCCAGAUGUCAAGCACAUCUUCAUCAAUUGAAAAAGAAUCACAAGAACUUUACAUUGAUUCUGGCGAUUUAGCUGAGGAAACUUCAUCUUCAAGUGGAAGGAACGAGAAGCAGAAGAAACAAAAAUGCAAUUAG